AUGAGAGAGAUAAUUAGCAUUCAUAUUGGACAAGCUGGAAUUCAGGUAGGUAAUUCAUGUUGGGAAUUAUAUUGCCUUGAACAUGGCAUUCAACCAGAUGGAACAAUGCCCAGUGAUGUAUCAAAUGAGCCAAAACAUGAUGACGCAUUUAACACAUUCUUUAGUGAAAUUGGAACUGGGCAAUAUGUUCCAAGGGCUCUAUUUGUUGAUCUAGAGCCAACUGUAAUUGAUGAAAUUAGAACUGGUCCUUACAGACAACUCUUUCAUCCAGAACAGUUAAUUUCUGGUAAAGAAGAUGCUGCUAAUAACUUUGCAAGGGGACAUUAUACAGUUGGAAAACAAGUUGAAGAACUGUGUCUAGAUCGAAUCCGAAAACUAGCGGACAAUUGCACCGGCUUGCAAGGUUUCUUGGUUUUCAAUGCUGUUGGUGGUGGAACUGGUUCUGGUUUAGGAUCAUUACUUCUAGAGAGAUUGUCUGUGGAUUAUGGAAAAAAGUCGAAACUCGGCUUCAUCAUUUAUCCUUCUCCUCAGGUGUCGACCGCGGUUGUCGAACCAUACAACACUGUUCUAUCGAACCAUUCUCACAUUGAGCAUAGUGAUGUAGUUGUGCUUUUAGACAAUGAAGCAAUCUAUGACAUUUGCAGAAGAUCUUUAGACAUAGAAAGGCCAACAUACACCAACUUAAACCGAUUAAUAUCGCAAAGUAUCUCGUCUUUAACGACUUCGUUGAGAUUCGACGGUGCCAUCAACGUAGACAUUUCCGAAUUCCAAACUAACCUCGUACCUUAUCCUCGAAUCCAUUUCAUGCUUUCGUCUUACGCGCCCGUGAUAUCGGCCGCAAAGGCCUAUCACGAAGCGUUGUCGGUUCCCGAGAUCACUAGAGCUGUUUUCGAGCCGUCGAGUAUGAUGGUUAAGUGUGAUCCAAGACAUGGAAAAUACAUGGCAUGUUGCUUGAUGUAUCGCGGCGAUAUUGCCCCGAAAGAUGUUAAUGUUGCAGUUUCAAAUAUCAAGACAAAGAGAACAGUUCAAUUUGUUGAUUGGUGUCCAACUGGAUUCAAGUGUGGCAUAAACUUUCAACCGCCGACCGUUGUACCGGGAGGCGAUCUAGCUGAGGUGAAACGCGCGGUUUGCAUGAUAAGCAACAAUACAGCUGUGUCGGAGGUAUUCAACCGGAUUGAUCACAAAUUUGAUGUCAUGUAUGCAAAAAGAGCUUUUGUUCAUUGGUAUGUUAGUGAAGGAAUGGAAGAAGGUGAAUUUUCGGAGGCUAGAGAAGAUCUUGCUGCUCUUGAAAAGGAUUAUGAUGAAGUUGGUGAAGAUGGUGUAGAUGAACAAGUAGAAGAUUAUUGA